ACUACUGUACCGUGGUACUGUAAGUACAGUAACUUGGUACCUUGUUUCCACCGUUGCUAUUAACCAUCUCACCCUACCCUAGUGGUACCGGUAGAUCUUCAACUGCAGUAGAAAAAUGCCUAGAUUGCAGUCACGCACUGCAACUCGUCAGAUUCAGCGGGCCGCGGGCCUGCUGGUGCGGACUCUUUUCAAUGGUUCUGUGCAACUCCGUCAACGAUACGGUGGAUAACAUUCCUUCCUCAAUACAUGCAUGUGGCUCGCUGGACUCGUGAACGACAAGGAAUUUAUUCACCGUCAUGGAGCCAUCUGAACCUGAUGCCGAUGUCUCGCUCGAACCUUCCAUAAAACCACCCUUUCUUAAAUGUGCGAACCAGGGUCAAGACAGUACAUACAAUCCUUGUGCCAGACAUGCUCACCGCCACUUUACUUUUCUUCGCCAUCUAUGCUAUUGCAACAGUCGGGCAGACACCGACGCUAGGUCUUUCUGACGGCUUUCUCUCGUUCGGGGCUUCACCAUUUGCAGUACAGCUCGUAAAAGAUUCUCAGACCCUGUAUUCUCUGAAAAAUGGUGAUUUCGACUUCAUAUCAGGGGACAAAAUGACACAGCGUCAAUACAACGGCAAUGUCCACCUUGGUGACAUUUCUUUCCGAGUUCGAAGCGUGGGGUCCUCCGCUUGGAUCUCAGGCGACUCAUUCUCCUCUCGCAAGCCUGUACUUGCUCUGAAUGUCUCUGGAUCUACGCUCGCUGCAGCGGACCUUUCGCCCACUCUUACAUCGAACUCGCUACUGAACGUCACUCGGCGCUGGGUCUUCCAGAACGGUACUUUCCAACUGCUAUUUGACAUCACCAAUGCACGGUCUAGUGCUGUGGAGAUCGGUGCCCUAGGUUCUCCUCUUGAGUUCAACAAUAUCUUCACCGAUAGGACUGCGGCUCAGACAAACGAGCUUUGCAGUCUCUUCGAUCCGUAUAUUGGCCAAGACGCCGGCUAUGUCCAAGUCACACCUCUUCUGGGAACUUUACCACCUCUGGUAGUCACUCCUGUCAGGAAGUCGCCAUUGGAAGGUUGGCGGUUUAUUCCCGAGAGCACCGCCAACUCGCCAUUUUACCAAUCGCAGACCUUCGAGGGCCUUUAUGAAUGGCAGUUUCACACUUUAGCUUACGCUCAGAACGAGUGGGCUAGUGUCUCUCCUUGGAAUUCUCCGACUUCUGCCAUUUUGCAACCGGGUCAGAGUAGGACCUACGGCUUGCAGUUCAACGUUGCGCCCUCCAUUCGUGGUAUUGAGGAUGCGCUACGCUCUGCUAAUCGUCCUGUUGCGGUGGGAAUUCCCGGAUAUAUACUUUUAUCUGAUCAACAGGGCAAACUCUUCCUGCAUUACCACUCAGCAGUCCAGUCGCUCAGUGUCUCGCCUUCUGGCUCACUUUCGUGGGCUACUAACUCAGACGCGAAGACGCCGGAUUGGAUUGGCUACACAAUCACACCACACGCGUGGGGUCGCUCUAGACUUACGAUCACUUACGAAGACGGUACUAUCCAAACUAUACACUUCUACCUCACUAAAACUGGAUCCCAAGUUAUCGCUGACUUAGGUAACUUUCUCACCACAUCACAAUGGUUCGACAACUCUUCCGAUCCCUUCCAUCGCAGUCCUUCUGUGAUCAGCUAUGAUCGCGAAGUUAACAGUGUAGUGAAGGACGAUCCUAGGGCUUGGAUACCUGGGUUAAGCGAUGAAGCUGGUGCCGGAUCUUGGUUGGCCGCUACGAUGAAACAGUUUGCUCAGCCGAAUGCUGCUGAGGUUGCAAAGUUGGAGACAUUCGUCAAUCGGACCUUGUGGGGCUCGAUCCAGAACUCGGAUGGUAGCGUGAAGAAGGCAGUAUAUUUCUACCAACCCAACCUGGUUCCGCAGUAUAGCUACCCGUCCAGUAUCAACUGGGGCAACUGGUGGUCCUGGAACCAGGCCGCAUCCUACGCCACGGACCGUGCUUAUGACUACGUCCACGUCGCGGCUGCGUACUGGGCACUGUAUAGGGUAGCUCGCAACUAUCCAUCGCUGGCAGAGGCACAUAAUUGGCAAUGGUACAUUAACCAAGCAGUGUUGACCAUCAAGCGCAUGACGGACGGUGGGGUUGGAUAUGUCAAUGAUGGACUUAUGGAUGAGACUGUCUUUCGCGUGCUUUUGGAUGAUCUGAAGAGGGAAGGUUUGACGGCGAAUGUGACUUUGGUCGAAUCAAGGAUGAAGUCCAGGGCAACCGUAUGGGCUGGGGAGCGUUACCCGUUUGGUUCCGAGAUGGCUUGGGACUCUACUGGGCAAGAAGGAGUAUAUGCUUGGGCGAAGUACUUCAACGACACCACUACUGCCACGAACGUAAUCAACUCCAUCCUCGCAUAUCAGCCUACAGUCCCUCACUGGGGAUACAACGGGAAUGCUAGGCGUUAUUGGGACAAUGUCUAUGGUGGAAAGCUCCAACGUAUUGAACGCCAACUACACCACUACGGCAGCGGCCUCAAUGCUCUCCCCCUUAUCUCUCACUUCGAAUCCAACCCCACCGACAACUACCUGCUCCGAGUCGGCUUUGGAGGACUUUCAGGUCCCACUAGUAACAUCGACCAGGGUGGUUUUGCUUCUGCGUCGUUCCACUCUUUUGCCGAUACACUGAAGUGGGAUGGGUAUUCUGGGGAUUACGGUCCCAACUUUGUCGGACACGCGCUUGGAAUUGGAACAUUCAUAAUCAAUCAUCCCGACUUUGGUUGGCAGGCUUUCGGCGGAAACGUCGCCUCAACUAGUCCCACAAUCAUCGUUCAUCCUCGGGAUACUCUGCGUCGUCGAGUGCUCAUAGCACCGCUGGGCACUCUGUUCGUUUUAGACGCCGGAGCAUUCUCUUCCGUCGAGUUCAAUCCGACUUCGAAGCGGGUUACAUUGACUAUUACCGCAGCUCCCGAAGGAGCCUCCGGAGCUGCCAGUGCACCUAAAGGACGGUUGGUCGUAACCCAGACGGCACAGGUUCCUGGUGUUCAUUUGUUGAAGCCGAGUGGAAACUUGAGUCAGGAUGCGGGAGCUUGGGUUAUUCCUUUUUCUGAAGGGCGUGCCACCGUUACAUUGUCCUGAUCAAUCAGCCCAAAGAAUCUUUGACUCUUGUCUCUUGGAAGGCUUUUGUGUAUUUGUACCAAGUAGUCACACAAACAUGAUGUUAGAAUACAAUGCAUCACCACG